UGCGCUCGAGUUGGUGUCGCUCAACCGUAUCCGCUCGACAUAUGCAUUGCGUCCCAGCAUGGCAGAUGAUUUGGAUGAUGAGUGGUGGUUAUCACCAAAAGAACAAACUGAAAAAAACGCUAGUAAAGAAGAAGAAUAUGCAAGUACCAAAAAGAAGAAAAAUAAAGAUGAUGAGAGUAAGAAAAGAAGUCACAAUCGCAUGGCUGAGGAAAUGAUUGAAGAAGAUACUAGUAGUAGCAGUGGACUAACAAAGAAGAAUAGGAAAAGGCAUAAAAAGAAGAAAUGCGAAGAACAUGAAAAUAAAGAAGAAACUGCCGGAAAGUGGGAGGAUGUUGUUGCUGCUUUACACAAUCAUUUCAAUGGAAAGAUUCCAGUUAUAGAAAUGGAAGAUCUUUUACUAUCCGAGGAAAGUUUUCUUCCGAGUAAUGAAGAUUUGAAUGAUUUAUCAACAUAUUUAUCAUUUACAAUUCGAAAAUGGAAGAAGCUUUCCACAGCAGAUGACUUGAAGCCAAAAUCACCGAUAGUUUUAGUUAUUUCAUCAGCAGCAAAGAGGGCGGUAGACUUAAAUCGAGAAGCAAAAGAUUUUAAAGGAGAGUGUUCAUCUGCCAAGUUGUUUGCCAAACAUAUGAAAAUAACAGAGCAAGCAAAGUUCCUAACCAAAAACAAAGUACAUUUUGCUGUAGGA